AUGGGGGAGUCUGUUUAUAAGGAGAGUACAGAUGGCAGCCCCCAACGACAGCAGCCCCAACGACAGCAGCCCCCCAACGACAGCAGCCCCCCAACGACAGCAGCCCCAACGACACAGCAGCCCCCAACGACAGCAGCCCCAACGACAGCAGCCCCCCCAACGACAACAGCAGGCCCCGACGACAGCAGCCCCAACGACAGCAGGUCCCAACGACAGCCCCAACGACAGCAGCCCCCAACGACAGCAGGCCCCAACGACAGCAGGCCCCAACGACAGCAGCCCCCAACGACAGCAGGCCCCAACGACAGCAGCCCCCAACGACAGCAGGCCCCAACGACAGCAGCUCCCCCCAACGACAGCAUUCCCCCAACGACAGCAGCCCCCAACGACAGCAGCCCCAACGACAACAGGCCUCAACGACAGCAGCCCCAACGCAUUAAGCAGCCCCCAACGACAGCAGCCCCAAUGACAGCAGCCCUCAACGACAGCAGCAGGCCCCAACGACAUCAGGCCCCAACGAUCAGCCCCCAACGACAUCAGCCCCAACGAGACAGCAGCCCUCCCUCAACGACAUCAGCCCCACGACAGCAGCAGCCCCCGAGGACAGCAGCUCCCCGAAAUCAGCCCCCGACGACGGCAACAGCCACCAACGAUAGCGGGCACCGAUGA